CACAGUUUCAGUGUCUUCAGGUCGGGGACACAUGUCAGUGUUGUUGUGUGGACGGAGAUAAAGUGUCCGUCACCGUUGAUUUACCUCCAGAACUGACGCUGAUGACUGAAUACGAUGCAGAGGAGAAGGACGGACACAGGACCGAGCUGUGUCCGAUCAGGAGCUGAAACCAAAGCAGUCCGCAGAGCUCACUGCAGAAAGAUCCCUUACAGAGUCGGAUACAACUGGAACAGAGGUUGAAGACUCAAGGAGCUGAGGAUCAGGCACCUGGCCAGAAAGUUCCUGCACAUGUGGAUGGAGAAAACCUUUGGUCGAGUUCCCCCUCAAAAAGCCAGGUCUCACUACGACAGCGUGGUGCUGAGACGAGCUGUGGAAGGAUGGAGAGACGAGUGGUGGACGUCCAGGAGAGAGUGGGGUCUGACAACAAGGGCCCAGUGUCACUACAGGUAUUAUCUGUGUAACUUGGCGUUCCAUCGGUGGCGAACAUAUAUCUCACUGCAGAGGGAAAAGAAGAGCAAACUGAAAAACGCUCAAUCAUACGCUGACAGGCAACGGAUACGUCUGGUCUGGGAGAGGUGGGCGGUUUUCAUACAGAUGAGACGGAUGAAGAAGAGGAUGAUACAAUCAGCUGUUGAUUGUAACAGACUCACAGCUCUGCACUCUUCAUGGGCCUUAUGGAGGACCAGGCUGCAGCAGCUUCAACACCUUUACACUUUGGAGGAGCAAACUGUCAAACAGCAGGCGCUGGCUUUAAAGAAGAGGGCUUGGCUUCAGUGGACAGAAAUGCACGUAGCUUUUUGUUGUCAGAAAGAGAGAGAAUCCAGAGCUUCACUUCACUUCAUCGUCAAACUGAAAAGAAACACACUGCAUCAGUGGAUGAGUUAUGUGUCCAGCUGUCAAACCAGAAGAAUGUCACAAGCCGCAGCUCAGCGUGCCUGUUACCUCCGCCUGUUGAGGACGUGUUGGAGUCGUUGGAGGAAGGCGUUGCAUCGCAGGUGGAGUAAGGAGGUGCGAUUACAAGCUGCAGGGCAGUUAGCCACAUAGAGCACUCAACGCAGAGCACUGGAGCGAUGGAGAACUUAUGUGACGCUCUGCAGAGACGAAGCUGAAAUCAACCAGAUGGCGAUUCAACACCACCAGCAUCAUCUGUUGAGCGCUGGACUGCAGGGACUUUUUCUCAACGUCAGCUGGAACAAAACACAUCGCUUGAACAACAACAUGGCUCUCCAGCAUUAUCAGCAAACCAUGAUGAGGAAGUUUUGGAGGCUGUGGCAGGAUCGACUGGAGGAGGCUGAAGACAAGAGUUUCCAACCUCUAAUAGAAAAGGCAGUGACCAACUACAGCAUGUCCGUGCUCAGCAGCUGUUUUCACAUCUGGAGGGAGAAACUUGCUGAACAGAAGCAUAUGCAGGACCUGGAGCAUCAAGCAGACAUUUGGUUUGCAGGGCGCUUGCUGCCUGAGUGUUUCACCUCAUGGGUUGAAUUCACUCUUCAGAGGAGACUCCACAAACACAGGAAACUCAAGGCUGACAUUUUUAACCAGCAGCGUCAGUUCACUUGGGUGUUUUACACCUGGUGGGGACAAUCAGAGCAGCACAAGGAGCAGAUGCUGUCUGAGCGAAUGGCAAUUCUCCACGAGGAGCAAUACCACAUGCAGAGAGCCUUUGUUUGCUGGAGGCAAAGGACAGAGCAGCGGAUCAGUGAGGAGGAGAAACAGGAAGUUUCAGAGCAUCUGUAUCUGCAGCGACUUCUCCACAAGACGGUAACGCAGUGGAAGGAAAACAGCUCUGAGAUACGAGACAGGAGAAGCCGAGAACAUCAGGCCUGUCAUCAGGGGGACCUGUGUCGCUUGAAAUGGGCUCUGGAGAAAUGGAAAAAGUUUGUCCAAAUCAAGAGAUGGAAAAAAAGCAAACUGGAGGAGAUGCAGCGUUUCGAUGAAACUAACAUUCUCAAACACACCUUUGUGGCCUGGAGGACACACAAUCUGCAAAUGUGUCACGUCUACGAUCAGGCAGAGGAACUUCACAGAGAGAAAACCCAGAACUUUCUCAGAAUGGUUCUGUCAGUGUGGAGGGAGAAGGCAGCGCUGCAGGCAGAGAGUCGACUCCUGGAGCAACGAGCACAGAAUCACUCUCAGCACUUUCUUCUGUCUAAGGUGUUUCUUGCAUGGAGAGAAAUAACAAGACUUGCAGUGAUAAAGCACCACCAGCAGGGGGAGGCAGUCAGCAGGGCUCAGAGAGCCAUAAACCAAGUCUUUCUGCUGCAGUCGUUCACACAGUGGAGGAAACGAACCAGAGAGGCUCGCAAGGAGAGGAUGUCGAUGGAGAAAGCCAGAUGGCAUCAUGAAUCCAAACUCCUCUCUAAAGCACUGAAAAAUUGGAAUAAGCAUCAAGACCAAAACCGGAAAAAUAAGGUGAUGAAGCGACAAGGACUCUUGUUGCUGAGAUUGAAGAUGUAUCAGACCUACUAUGAACAAUGGAAAACAAAGCUGCAACGCAGACGAAGAGAAGCUAAGCAGACGGAGAAAGCGCUCUGGCACUGGUCUCUCACUCUUCAGUCCAAGGUGCUGUAUGGGUGGAGGCUGUUGGUCACUGAGCAGCGUCAGAAGCAGGAGCAGGCGGCCUCAGCUGCUCGGCUCUACAGAGACCAGCUGCUGAGGGAGGGCAUCACGUGCAUCCUCACAUAUGCUGCUCACAUGAACAACCUGACGCCGAGCCUCACGCAGCACAGCCAAGAACAAAGAUCCCGGCGUCUCCAGAGAGUGGUCAGACGUUGUGCUAUGCGGUGGAAGCAGCGGGCGCUUUGUAAACCUCAUCUGGAAAAAGCAGCUAUAGAGCAACCUCGGAAAAAGAAAGUGACCUUCUGUUUGACGACAAGUGGACCAGAGAGGGUUUCUGUGUCCGACUCAGUGGAGCAGGAAGCUGAAGACGUAGAGCUCUGCAAGCUGCUUCCUACAAAUAUCACUCGACGACAACCCCGUCGCUGCAGAGAUACAGGUUGUCAGAACAACCAGACCGGCCUCCAUCCUGCUGACGCCCUGGUUAGCUCCACACAUCCGAGCUCCAUCACGUCCACUGUGUCUCCCACUGAAGCUCAUGCAUCUACUGCUGAAGACCUUCUAUUGCCUCCUUCUGCUUUCAUGAGCACUGGGUCUCAAACUACGUUGGGAAAAAGCAGAUGGACUGGAGACAUCCCCUGUGUUUCUUUUCAUCAGUUUGAUUCUCCCUUCAAACAUUACUCCAGGCAUCCAGAAACUGAGGGUCUUGAUGUAGAAGAUGCAAGAACUGAUCCAACGUCAUUUAUGACGAGAGAACUGCUCAGCAUUCAGCUCAACAUGAAGAGUUUCCAACGGGACAGGAAACAGCUCAGGUCGUGGCAGAAACUGAGAGAGGUGUUGCAGAGUUGGCUGCAGACCAGUGGAGAGGAUGAGCAAAUGGAAAAAGAUUCUGUUAGUCAGGAGUUGAAGGAGCUGGACGAGCGCAUCGACAGACUCUCCUCCGAACUGACCAAUCAGAAGCCAAAGAUGCUGCUGCACGCAGAGCGGGUCCAGCGUUUACAGACUGCCCUCCACACGUCGGGGGGGAUUGCUCUCAGUCGGAAAACAUGA